GAGAAAGCAAUUUAAAAAUUGUAUGUUAACAUGAUGACAAGACCAAGAAGUCUUUAACUUAGAUACAUUAACAUGUCGUUAGAAGAAAGACGCGUGGAAGAAGUUCUAGACGCUGUUCAGUCAGCCGGAGGUGAUGAUAUAGCAAAUAAAGAUGCUGGAGAUUUUAUGUUUAUUGAAAAUGGAGAUGCGGUGAGAAAUGAAAUCGAAAAAGUCAAGUCAGAAUUCCGAGAUCAGACGAUAAUGUUAUGUAGUGAAUUAGAUAGUUUAUGGAGAUUACUGAAAGACUUUAUGAGACUGGCCUGUCCAACUUUAAUAUGUCUGGUAUCUCUUCUGCUUACAAGAUUUGUUGUUGCCAAGAAAUUCCAGUCUGCUGUUUUGUCCUCGCUUUUAGGAUGCGCUGUUGCAACCAUCGUGGUAUAUUCAGCACCAUUCAUGAUGUCCUUUAACAGAUAUAGACGCAUCAGACAAGAUAGGGUCAAGAAUCUAACAGAGUUUAUCAAAUCAAAGGAAACUGUUAAAACACGGCCAGAAAAAGUCCACUCGAAUACUCAGACUAGUGCGAGCUGCCUCUCUACAAAUUCAUCAGAUACAGAAGUAGAGACCUUACGAAACCCUUCAUCCAGUUCCUUAGGCAGUAAUGAAUCAGAUGCUGCUUUAUCCCAUCCCAGUAGUAUUGAAAUGAUUGGUGAAAGUAAAUCAUCAGAACAAGCGGCUAAAUCAUGUCAAGGAGACUGUGCUUCCGGCGUUGAUGACGUCACAAAAACAUGCGACUGCUGCUAA